GACGCGCGCACCAAGUUCGUGGAACUGCGCGCCAAGCACUUGGAGCCGACCAGGCAGGCCACGGUGCCUCCGCAAGGGAAUGCCCGCGAGUCGACGAUGGCACCGCUCGCGGCGCGGGGCCUGGAUGCGACCAAUUUCGGCGAUGUGUUGCGCACGUUGGGCGCGGGGGAGCAGGCGAUGGUCGCGGCCGGAAAGAUAGCGCUUGCCUUGGCUGCCAUCUUCCAGAACGCGUCCGUGCAGGUGGUGGGGAGCACCCGGCCUGCGGUGGCGGAUGCGGACGCCGAGGAGCUGAGGGCGCCGCUGCGGGAGGCGGGUGUUCCGGUGCAGGAGGAGGACCUCGCCAUGCUCGGCAACCUUUCGCUCGCCGUAGAUGCGG